CAACAGUCAGUGACUCGCAGGGAGCAAGAUGCAGGAUGACACAAAUACUGUUCAGAUAAAUUGUUUUGGCAGCAAGCUAGAGAAGCAUGAAUCAGUUUAGAUUAGCUUCAUUCUGGCAUUUUAAGAUUACGUAACUUCUAUAUUAAGAAGAAAAAAAAACUAUAUCGUACUUUCGAUUUUGAAUACUCGGAAACGGCCGUUAGCACGUCAUGCAACAUGUCCGCUCGUGCACGUAACGGCUUUAUACCGCUGUCCUGGAAUAAAUAACGGGAGGUGUUUAGGGGACAAAACAGGUUGGAACAUCUAAGCUUUUCAGGAUGGCAUCGAAUUAUUCUCCAUUAGGACAAUUUCGAAGAUACUCGAGAGAGGAGUUAGUACUCCUGAAGAGUUCGCCCUCCUGUCUAAUACCUCCUCCAGGGAUUCCUGACUGCGUUCCCUUGCAGAAAAGAAGCAGAGUAGAAGAGGGCACGGAAAGAAGAAAGUAUCUUCAGAUCCCGGAUCGGGGUGGAUAUAAGCAGUCUACAGACCACAAACCACACACAUUACCCACAAGACCACGACAGCCACAUGGGCGCAAAGAUGGCGAGGGAGCAUCUCUUGAAACAGCUGUUGAAGCAAGAGAAUGGACAAGAAGAGAAGACUGUCGGGAGGAGCAGACUGCCCCAAUCAGACAACGAAAGAGAACUUUUAAUGCAGACUACUACCUUGGACUAGAAGACGACACGGAACUAACCAUCAAGCUGUACACAAAUAUAGAGGAAUUUGACAUUUAUUUAAAAUCAAACCUCAUUUCCGGGUCUGUUGUUGAGAAACUGGUCAAGAUAUUACAUAAAGUUCUCACCUGUGAGCUUCAACGCGAAAGCGUUCUCAAGAUCUUGCAAGUUGUCUGCUCCUCUCGUUUUCUGGACCAGCAUCUUCAGACCUACAUAGAACAUCUUCAGAAAUUCUCCAGAGUAUUUCGACAGAAGGAAAUUACAGAUGCUAUGCAAAAGUUGUUAGAUCUUCUAUCUAGCAUUUGCCACAGACUGCCUUCAGAAAGAUCAAAGGUCUAUUUAAUAAUGAACUAUAUCAAGGGUCAAAGCAACCUCGAGACUGUCCUCUUGAACUCUUCAGUCGUUGCGGAACAAUUUGAAGAGGUGUUGGCACAAAGUCAGAAGCUGUUAACGACACAGAAAAAGACGACCGGAGCAAGAAACAAAGGAAUUGAGGACAAGGAUGAUGAAAUACCAUCCGAAGACUUCGUUGACCUUCCUGUCUUUCCUGAUAAAGAAGAUCUUGACUACUCAAAAAUGCCUUUCUUAAGGCCUAGCAAGACAGUCGGAGCAUUCAAGGAUGCUCAUCAUUACCUGGAUGUUCACUUCCGUUUGCUAAGAGAAGAUUUCCUUCGCCCUCUUCGGAAUGGUAUUAGAGCCGUGAAAGACACAGACCGAAAUAACAUUCGCCUCAACAACAUGGAUGUCAGGUUGUAUCAAAAUGUACGCAUAAUCGGCAUUGUACCUGGAAAGACACUUGAUUAUGUCAUACAGUUUGAUGUAAGUCCAUUUAAAAAAGUCAGAUGGCAGUCGUCAAAGAGGCUCAUCUUUGGGUCACUUGUCUGCUUGAGUGAUGAUCACUUCGACACGGUCUUCUUUGCUGUCAUCACCAAGAGGGAAGACGAGAAAAUUGAGAACGGAGUCAUUCACGUCUGCUUCGAAACCCAGACAGGAGAGGUCUUGGGAUUGUCCAGUAGCAGACUUUUCACGAUGGUUGAAUCAGUGAGCUUCUUCGAAGCUAACCGCCAUGUUCUGGAAGGGCUCAAGCAAAUGAAGGACAUGGUGCCAAUGUCCCGCUACAUCGUGGAAUGCCAACAAAAGGUCAACCCUCCAAGUUACUUGAAAACACCAGGAGAACAAGUCACCAUGAACCUCACAGCUCUGACUGGUACAACGAGAUAUGCCAAUGUUGAAAAUGUCCCAGUUAUAGACUUCGACGCAUGGCCAGAGGUAGACUGGAAACUCAACCAAUCACAGCUGAAAGCUGUGAAGAUGGCGUUGACCAACGAGCUGGCAAUCAUCCAAGGUCCUCCAGGAACUGGUAAAACCUACGUAGGGUUGAAGAUUGUCCAAGUGUUGCUGGACAAUGCACGCGUAUGGAAUUCCACCUCUAGACCCAUUCUUAUUGUCUGUUACACCAAUCAUGCUCUGGACCAGUUUCUAGAAGGAAUGCUGAAAUUCUGUCCCGACGACAUCGUGCGGGUAGGAAGUCGCAGUCAGAGUAAAGCCUUGUCUCCUUUUAACAUCAGCGAAGUGAAAAAACGCCUGAAAGAGAGCCGUGACAGGACGGCACGACACAUUUCCACAAUGUUGUAUCAAUGUCAUGAAAGUAUGAAAGAAAUGGCUGCAGACAUUACGGACACAAAAACAAGGUUAGAUGAGAAUCUCUCUCGUAUUUUCAAGGCAGAGGAUUUGAAGUCCAACAUUCCCCCUCAGCAGUAUAAAUCGCUAACUAGCAAAUCGACCACCAUGGGGAGGUCUUUGAUGUCUUUUUGGCUUUGUGGGGGAAUGAUUGUCAAGAAUGAGGAAGAUUUUCAUGAAGCGGACCACUACGAUCAGUUGGCCCGAAAGGUGACAUCACUGAUUCUUGGAGGAGAGGCUGAUUUCAAUUUUGACCAAGAUGUUACACCCGCCAACAUCUGCGAGGAAGACUUCCCUGUCCGUGCUCAGAUGUACAGGUUCUGGGUAAAGAAGACAAAGCAGUGGCUGUUGGCUGAAGUGCAGAAAUGCAAAAAGGCUGACAUCAGUCCUAAGGCUUUGGAGGAGUGGUUAGAAGCAGCAGAGGUAGAAGUCCUGCCUGACUACAUCCUGGAGCCUGCUGUAGACAAGUCUCUAUAUGAAGCCAUCACGUGCCGGGAGGGUUUCCCCCGUGACAUCUAUGCUCCAUACUUUAUUCGUCUGUGGCUUGGUAUAGACGAAAACGACAGGAAUCAUGACGACCUCGAGAUUGUCCUGAAUGAACUUUUAGAAGCCCAACAAGGUGACACGAGUGAUUAUUGUCAGGUAAAUGAAACAAAUUAUGGAUGGCAAGCUACAGAUUCGCUGCCAGAUGACAUAUAUUGGCAGCCUCCGCUUUCCACAGUCCAUACUGGAAAGAAUGACACACCUGAGAGGGAGACAGAGAUAAGAGAAAUCAAAGAUGGCGCUAAAAAACUGAAUAUUGACGAAGAAGCAGAGAUUCUCCAGAAACAGCGCCUCCUGGAUGACGACGAGGAUGAUGAAGUCGUUCCUCAGAUGUUUGGAGAAAAGAAGUCAGAAGAGGAUAUCAGUGAGCCCGAUGACACAAAGGAUUCGGACUGGAAAGUGGUAAACAGACAGAAGGGAAAGAAUUCCCGGAAAAUUUUUCAUCUUAUUAAGACAUUGACGCCGAUGUCAGAGGAAGAAGCUGCCAUGAUUACUGACGUGUGGGACGUCAGUCUGGACGUGACAGCGCGCGUCAGACUGUACCUCUCCUGGCUUCAAAAAUACCGGAAAAACCUGACCAGUAGAAUUACAAGCCUGGCUGACAGUUACGCUGUGGGGUCCCGGAUGUUGUCGGAGUUGAAUAUGGAAAGAGAUGGUCUCAUUCUGAAGAGAGCGAAGGUCAUUGGCAUGACAACGACGGCAGCAGCAAAAUAUCGCCGUUUGCUUGCAACAGUCGGUUGUCCAAUAGUGAUCAUGGAAGAGGCGGCCGAGGUUCUGGAAGCUCACGUGGUCACCACAUUGAGCACCUCCUGUCAGCAUCUGAUCCUGAUAGGUGACCACCAGCAGCUGCGGCCCUCGCCCACCGUGUACGAGCUGUGUCAUGACUACCAUCUCGACCUGUCGCUCUUCGAACGUCUGGUCAACAACGGCCUGCCGCACUCCACCCUCGCCAUGCAGCACCGCAUGCGACCUGAGGUCUCGCGGCUCGUGCGGCACGUGUACCCUCACCUCCAAGACCAUCCGAAGACAGUUGGCAGGCCACACGUGAGAGGGAUGAAGCACGAAGUAUUUUUCUUCCAUCACGAGGUUGAGGAAGACAGUGAUGCGGAUGGCAAAAGCAAGUCCAACGACCACGAGGCUGAGCUGUGUGUAGCCUUGUGUCGCUAUCUUAUUCAACAGGGCUACUCUACAGAGUCUAUCACCAUCCUUGUGGCCUACACCGGCCAGAUAUUCGCAAUUAAAAAAAUUAUUACAAAAGACCAAAAGUUUUAUUCAGGUGUACGUGUGACAUCUAUCGACAACUACCAGGGGGAGGAGAACGACAUCAUCAUCUUGUCGUUGGUGCGCAGCAACAAAGAGGGCAAAGUGGGUUUUCUGAAGACCGACAACCGGGUCUGUGUGGCUCUGUCACGAGCUAAAAUAGGCCUGUAUGCCUUUGGCAACUUCAGAAUCUUGUCAGCAAAUAGUGAACUGUGGGAGAAGAUCAUCAGAACAGCUAAAGAGCACGAGCAGAUCGGACCCAGCUUAGCCAUUUGUUGUGAGAAUCACCCAGACAGAGAAAUACUUGUAUCUACAGCUGAGGACUUCAAGAAGUCUCCAGAAGGAGGAUGCUUGUUGCUGUGUGGAGCCCCACUGGAGUGUGGACACACCUGUCGCUUGCUCUGUCAUGGCUAUGACACAGAUCACGAAGAGUACAGAUGCAUGGAAAGCUGUCCGGAAAUUUUGUGCGAGCUUGGGCACAAGUGUCCAAAGAAAUGCCACGAGCCAUGCCCACCAUGUAAGAUAAUGGUCAGUAAGACCAUACCAGAGUGUGCUCACACCAUCUCCAUUGCAUGUUCCAAGACUCCAGAGUGGACGAACUGUACGGUAAAACUUCAGGCAAUCCUUUCUUGCGGGCACACAAUUUCCGUGGCUUGCUUCGAGACUCCAGAUCGAGCGAACUGUCAGGAAAACUGUCAGGAAAUUCGUUCUUGUGGACACAAGUGUAGUGGCAAAUGUGGAACAUGCCAUAAGAAAGCGAAACACGAAUGUAGCGUGCAGGUUGAGCGUUCUGGGCCCUGUGGUCACAAGAACAUCACCCGAUGUGAUGUGGAUCCCAAAGAAAACUCCUGUCCACGUAAAUGUGAAGCAACCCUAAAAUGCGGCCAUGCAUGUCCUGGCUCUUGUGGAGAAUGUUUUGAAGGAAGAGCGCACAAAAAAUGUAUACAAAAGUGCUUGAAGCCCCUCCAUGGCUGCGACCACAGGUGCGAAGGCAAGUGCGGUGAUCCCUGUUUACCUUGCCAGAAGCUGUGCCCGGUGGUGUGCGCUCACGGAGAGUAUCGCCAACGGUGCGAUGAACCCUACAGACCCUGCACAGAGCAUUGUCCUUUCAGUUGUCCUCACAGGCAUUGCCGAGCCAGGUGUUCGGAGCCCUGCGAGCCCUGCAAUAAGAACUGCACGAAAAGGUUGAGGUGCGGACACAAGUGCGAGGGCAAGUGCAAAGAAACCUGUUUCUGCUCUGUUUGCGAGCAAAAGUAUUUUGUCAGGUGGCCACCUGGCAAGGAAAAAAGAAGAAACACCUGGCUAUACUCAGUCCAUGAUGAGGCUGCCUAGAUGUGGACACAUAUUCACAACUGCAGCCCUGGAUGAGUAUGUCAAAGAGAAAAUAAAGGCGAUUCCAUACGAACGUGGACUACCCUGUCCUGAAUGUCAAGUUCCUAUGUACGCCUGGGACACAUGGCGGUAUCGUGAACUCCUGAUAUCCCAUCAAGAAAAUCUCAGAGAAAUAAAGCAGCUAUUGAAACGUGAGAUAUCUCAUUCUUGCGAGAACAUUUCAAAAUCCGAUGAUAUGCUGAUACGAAACUUAAAGGAUCUCAAAGAUCAAGGGAUUUGCUUCUACAGUCUCAUGCAGGGGCAACAGACAUUUGAUGUCGACAAAACAGGAGCUUUCAUCAGACAGAUCAAGCUGCUUCUUCUUACUCAGGAGGUUACCGACCAUCUGGAUAUCUUUCGACUGAAGCAUAAAACUUUCAGUAUGAAUGAAAGCAAAACUCAUCUUCAGCGCGAUAUCGAGGCCUUGCAGACAUCUCUUUUACACCUUGGAGCGUCCAUGACCAGACAGAAGCAUCAGGAGCUGGAGCACCAGGCGACACGGCUUACCUACAUGUCAAACCUGCUGUGCGCCAAACACAUGCUCAGUAAGAACAAAGCAGAUGAUCCCUUGCUUCCUGUCCUGCAGAAAGCUCUGUCAAACCUGAUACACAAUCCCAGACAACCUAAUGUCAUUCCCAAAGUGAAAAAAGUCAUUGCAUCUUGCCAGUCUAACACCUGGUGGACUGAGGAGCAGCUAACCAUCCAGGGCAUCUUGGAUGUGCUAGACAUGGAUGUCUGUAAAGCCGUCAACAGUCUCAAUUCAAGCCCUAAAGGAAGCUUCAAGCUGUUGAGUACAGAUUGAGAUCAGAGUAAAUAUAAAGCAAUCAGGACUGUUGGAACUUACACAGGAAAUUGAAAAAUACUCCAAAUCAUUGAAUCCUGUGAGAGAGACAUUCAUUGGAUUUUUUUUAAAUCAUUAAACUGGGACAUUCUUUGCCUUUAAUUUUCCAAUUUUUAGAAGUGUGAGUGUUUAUUUUUUUAAGAAAUCAUCUAUUUUCUGGUUUUCUGCUAUAGAUAUUAUUAUGCUUUUAAAUGAAAUUGCUGCAAGCUCACACAUUUUUUCAUUGAUUCUGAACUUACUUUUCUUGUAUAUAUAUAUACAAAUUAUGAAGUUUAUAAUUUGCUAUUCUGUUUACUGUUAUUCAAUUCAAUUCAAUACAACUUUAUUCAUCCACAAGGGCAAUUAUUGACAGCUUUGUAAUGUACAUUGUCACUGGAAAACAAAUGCAACACAAGAUGUUGGGGAUUAAAAACUUGCUUAAAACAAGAAAAGUGACACAGUGGCCACUCACACAUACACACACCCAUGAACACUGGGGGAGCAGGGUAGGAGAGCUAAUAGAGCAGAAACUGGAAUCAGUUCAAAUUUUAUUGGAUUUUAAAAUUGCAAUAAAUAUUUUUACAUAUACAAAAACUGUGUUUGUACUAGAGAGAAAUAAAAACUGAAACUAUAUUUUUCUGUCAGUUUGUGAAAACA